AUGGAAAUACAGAAGUACCUUGAAUCAAAUACAAAGAACCACCUCUCAUCUUCCAUGUGCUCAUUGCUGGCUUAUGUACUGCUCAUGUCAGAGGAGGUGCUGGAUGAGCUCAACCUAAUGAUGUACAGGACCACAUUGGGAAGCCACAUGAGACUUCUCCCAGCUGUAAGAUGCUGCAGAAAAGCAAAGCUCUGCGAAUGUUAUCUCGAUGAUACCUGCUGUGAAACUGUGGCUUUAGCACUGCAGAUACCAAACUCACCCCUGAUAGAACUGGACAUGAGUGACAAUGACCUGCAGGAUUCAGGAGUGAAGCUGCUCUCUGAUGGACUGAAGAGCCCAAACUGUCAGCUGACUAAACUAAGGCUCAAGAGUCAGAUGUGUUUUAUAUGUUGAUUUGAUACGCAUAAGGUAUCAUCACCCAAAUCAAAUAGAUUACUGCAUGUAAUUAUCUUUUAUAAAACUGAUAGUUCUGGUUCUUAAUUGGUGACUGGCUGUGCUGCAUUUGAAGCCAUUGUAAAAUACUCUGUAAACAAACACCUGUGAACUAGUUACAUCAGUAUUGUACCACUUCAUCUGCUGUGUGAUUCUUUUUAAG